UAUUUGACGUCGUUUCCAUUGGUUUUAUCGUCACGUCAAUAAUAGUUAUGUUAUCAGACUUCGCGGGUUCUAGAUGCGCUCAAUUUGCUUCCAAAAUAUGAACCAGUGCGUGCAUUAAAUCGUGAAAUAUGACAACGUUCGUUACAAUCCAAUAUGGAGAGAAUGAGGAGCUGAUAAUAAACCCAAAUUGUCGUCAGCAAAUUUUUAUGGAGUACUUGCGUAAGAAAUGCCAGUAUGACAAACGCGCAUUUAUUGAUCUGUUGGACGAGAAUGGUAAAUUGGCGCUGGUACAUCUAGUUGCCCCACAUGACAAUGUUCGAGAAUGUUUCGAAGACAGGCUUAUCUAUAUACCAGUCAUGUUGGAAAAAAUUCCCGAUUCUGACAACUACAAGACGGUAAAGCCACAGCUGGAGGACUGGGAGAAAACAUACCCCCAACUUGAAAGAAAGAUCAAGAUCCUUACAGGCGAACUGAGACGGAAGAAGAGUCCUUAUCGAGGUCUUGAUCCACGCGGUCGGACAGUAGACAGAAAGGCUUCUAGUUUGAACAAAUCUGAUGCCGGGCGCUCACAGUCCCAUUUAGGUCGCCAGUCUUCAAUAUUGCAAAGUGGACGCUUGUCAACAACAAAUGCAAGGAAGUCAAUUCUUGGAAACAAAGCAGACGCUAAAAGUGCUGCAAAAGCGAAGGGUGCCAAAGGGAAGAAAAAAUGAGUGGUUUAUUUUGUUGUUUUCACCGUAUUAAAAUCAACACAUAAUAUAUA